AUGAUGGUAGUAUUCGAAAUAGUGGCUAUUCUCUGGAUGCACUCUACUAGAGACAAGGCUGAUGAUGAGUCUAAUCCGCUAGUCGGUUCAUCCAUGAGAAGCAAAGAACGUUUCGCCCACUUUUUCCUGUUCUUAUGUCGUGGCGCCGCAUACCACACACACUCGGAAAACUGGGUCUCCUCGGCCACACGCGAUGGGCUGCAAACUGGGACCGUUGCAAUGCUGCAUGUGCGCGCUGGGUGGUGGGUCACCCCGAUCAUGCUGACUGGGGUGGCUUCUGCGCGCCCCGAGAAAAGCCCAUCCAUGCACACGGGCCUCAAAAUAAACGAAUUCAUGAUCGUUCCUUUUGUCCCUCUCGCUCCUCCUUCCAAGUCCUUCCGUGUGGGGGGGGAGGUGCACAAGGGAAAGUUUACCAAGACCAUCGUGUUUCUCUCGAGUGGAGGAGGUAUCCCCACCAUUUGA